UAGCUUUGCAAUAAUGCAAUAAAGUAUCAUAUCCCUUCAUUACAUGUCCUCAAAAAUAUUUUCUUAACCAUCUUAACAUUCCUCAUCCAAUACUUUGCAUAACCGUCUUAACCAUUCCUCUUUGGAUAACUAUCCUAACUAGAAAUAUUUCGCUUACAAUACUCUAAUUAUCCAAAAUUAGAUGUGAACCCAACUUGUUACCAUUUCUUUUCGGUUAAUUAAUUCAAGACACCAUUACCCAUGUUCUAAGGAUUAACCACAGAUAUUCUAUGUCCAAACAGCAAAAGGUUGAAGGGGGCUGACUGCUGAGUCUACAAUUGAUCUUGGCCCAUCCCAGCCCGCUUCGCUCGGUAAAACAGAUUGUUUCUGUCUUUUAAGUCUGGCUCAUUAAAGUUUUGCCAUUUGGGAUAGAGUUUACUUCCAGUUCAGAAAUUGCAGAAGCAGGGUAGUUUACUUCCAGUUCCAUAGCUAGCUACUUUGCUACCUUCUCUGAGCACAAAUGCACACCUUAUCUUUACCACCUUCACCUCCUACCAACCCAUCUUCAUUUUCUUACCCAAAACCUCAACUUUCACAAAGAGUCUUUAUUCCCUCCCAUAUCUACAAACACCCUGCUGCUAUUUUGCUCGAAUUUUGCACUUCCAUUAAAGAACUUUACCAAAUUAUACCUCUUGUUUACAAGCAUGGUUUGUACGAUGAACACCUCUUUCAAACCAAAUUUGUCAGUUUGUUCUGUAAAUUCAAUCGUAUGAACGAUGCUGCUCGAGUUUUUGAACCUAUUGAGGAUAAACUUGAUGCUCUUUACCAUACCAUGUUAAAAGGAUACUAUCAAAAUGGUAGCUUUGAUGAUGCUUUUUACUUGUUUUGUAGGAUGAAGUGCGAUGGGAUUGAGCCUAUUGUGUAUAAUUUUACAUAUUUGUUAAAGUUGUGUGGUGAUAAUUCGGAUAUUCGGAGAGGAAGCGAGCUUCAUGGGCAGUUGAUUGUUAAUGGAUUUAGUAAUAAUUUGUUUGGAAUGAAUGGAGUUAUGAAUAUGUAUGCUAAAUGUAAUGCCGUUUUGAAUGCCUAUAAGAUGUUCGAUAGAAUGCCUGAGAAAGAUGUGGCUUCUUGGAAUGCUAUUAUUGCUGGUUAUGCUCAAAAUGGGUUUGCUAAAAUCGCAUUAGAGUUGGUUGUCAGAAUGCAGGAGGAGGGAAAAAAGCCUGAUUGGAUUACAUUAAUUACGGUAUUGCCAGCUUUAGCAGAUAUGGGUGUAUUAGUUAUGGGAAAGUCCAUUCAUGGGUAUGUUUUAAGGGCUGGUUUUGACUGUUAUGUGAAUGUUUUAACAGCACUGAUUGAUAUGUACGCGAAAUGUAGAGCCGUGGGGACUGCUAGGUUGAUUUUCAAUUCUAUGGAAUCUAAGACCGUUGUUACUUGGAAUUCUAUGAUUGAUGGGUAUAUUCAGAUUGGGAAUCCUCAAGAGGCAUUGAAACUUUUUGAUAGAAUGUUGGACGAAGGGAUUGUACCUAGUGAUGUAUCAAUCAUGGAAGCUGCAAAUGCGUGUGCGAACAUGGGAGAUAUAGAAAAGGGUAUCAUAAUCCAUAAAAUGGCAGAUCAACUGGGGUUUAGCUCUAAUGUUUCGGUUACAAAUUGCUUAAUUUCGAUGUAUUCAAAAUGCAAGAAAGUUGAUGAUGCAGUGAGAUUGUUUAACAGCUUAAAGAACAAGACUAGGGUAUCUUGGAAUGCUUUGAUCAUAGGUUUUGCACAAAAUGGUCGUGUAAACGAUGCCUUGAAUUACUUUUCUGAGAUGCAAUCAAGAGGUAUCGAAUUAGAUUCAUUCACUUUGGUUAGUGUGAUUCCUGCUUUAGCCGAGCUAUCCAUUUUACGUCAAGCAAAAUGGAUCCAUGGACUUGCGAUAAGAACUUGCUUGGACAAACAUGUAUAUGUGAAAACUGCUCUGAUUGACAUGUAUGCAAAGUGUGGAGCAAUAAAGACUGCGAGAAGACUCUUCGAUGACAUGGAAGAGAGGCAUACAACAACGUGGAAUAUCAUGAUAGAUGCAUAUGGGACUCAUGGACUUGGGGAAGCAGCUCUUGAAAUUUUCUUUGAAAUGCAAAAAGGCUCUAUCUUACCAAAUGAGGUGACAUUUCUAUGCCUUAUAUCAGCAUGUAGCCAUUCAGGUCUUGUUGAAGAUGGAAAGUACUUCUUUGAUUUGAUGAAGGAAGAAUAUAAUUUGGAACCAGCAAUGGAUCACUAUGGAGCUAUGGUUGAUCUUUUGGGUCGAGCUGGCCUGCUCGAUGAGGCUUGGGACUUCAUAGAGAACAUGCCUAUAGAGCCUGGUAUUAGUGUAUAUGGAGCAAUGUUGGGUGCUUGUAAGAUCCACAAGAACAUUGAGUUGGGAGAAUUAGCAGCAAACCGACUGUUCGACAUGGAUCCAGACGAUGGCGGUUACCAUGUAUUGCUGGCUAAUUUAUAUUCGGCAGCAUCAAUGUGGGACAAAGUAUUAGAAGUGCGAUCAAUGAUGGAAAAGAAAGGACUUCGUAAGACUCCUGGCUGUAGUUUAGUGGAACUAAGAAACGAGUUUCAUACAUUCCAUUCGGGUAGCACAAUGCAUCCACAGUCACGAGAAAUUUAUGCAUAUUUGGACUCACUUAUUGAGAGAAUAAAACGAGUAGGUUAUGUUCCUGACACUAGUUCAAUACAUGAUGUAGAAGCUGAUGUUCAGGAGCAAUUGCUCAGUAACCACAGUGAGAAACUAGCAAUUGCAUUUGGGCUUCUUAAUACAAGCCCGGGUGUUCCUAUACAUGUUCGAAAGAAUCUCCGGGUUUGUGGUGAUUGCCACAAUGCAACCAAAUACAUAUCACUUGUGACAGGUCGAGAAAUCAUUGUGCGUGAUUUUCACAGAUUCCACCAUUUCAAGAAUGGUAGCUGCUCAUGCGGUGAUUACUGGUAAUAGGUAUUCACUUAUCUUGCUGUAUAUCAUUCAUCAAAUUUUCUUCUAUUGGAUAAAGUAGAAAACUAGCAUCAAGUUGACACCUUUAACUGAUUAAGGGGUCUUGUAAAAUUAAUGUAUACUAGUAGUUUUGGUACUUCAUUCAGAUUACUUUUAUUGGUAAACUUUUACCAUGUAUGAUAACAGCUUAAGUUUUCAUUCUGACUAAUAGAAGGCAUUUCAAAAAGCCUGCACUACUACAUAUUUAAUCUCUAGCAAUACUUGUAAAACGCUAUAUCAAAUGUUAUGUGACAGUGAAAGCAA